CCUCUUCCUCCAUUCCCAACUCUCUCCUCUCCUCCUCCUCCUCCGAACUGAAAACCCACCUCAGAUCAUCUGGUCUCAACACUUUAACAAAACACAGCACCCCAACCAAUCAAAUGGCUUCCCUCCAAACUUCAUCUCUCCUCUUCUCUUCUCCCUCAUGUUGUUCUUCCUCAAACAGAACCAUAAAUGCCGCCAUUCAUGUCCCCAAGCUCCCAAGAGUCCGCUUCACUGUCCCCAAACAAACGACGAAGCUCGUCCUCGAAGGCCUCCAGUUGAAGGAACAAGUUCUGAAACACGAAAACAUCGAUUUGUAUAAUAACAAUCAGUCUGCAGCAACAGCAACUCCUACAGUUUCCACAGCUCAGCUCUACGCGCUCUUAGAGGCGGUGGCGGACAGAGUGGAGAUGCACGCAAACAUUGGCGAGCAGCGCAAUAACUGGAACGCACUCUUACUUAGCUCUAUCAACAUGAUCACUCUCUCCGCUUCCCUCAUGGCCGGAGUUAAUGCAGCUGCUGGAACGUCCGUUUUGGCAUUGAACAUUUCAUCGGCUAUUUUGUUUUCCGCAGCCACCGGAAUGCUGCUUAUCAUGAACAAGAUCCAGCCUUCGCAGCUCGCCGAGGAGCAGCGCAACGCUACGAGGUUGUUCAGGCAGCUCCAGAGUGAAAUUGAGACGGUGUUUGCUCUUCGUGAUCCUACUGAGAAAGAUGUGAAGGAGACAAUGGAGAAGGUUUUGGCUCUUGACAAAGCUUACCCUCUUCCGUUACUUGGUGCCAUGCUCGAAAAAUUCCCCAAAAAAUUUGAGCCGGCUGUUUGGUGGCCUAGAAAUGUUGUUCAAUCCCAAAAUCCAAGGAAACUGAAAUCCCAGAAGGGAAAGAAUGUGAAUGGAUGGAGUGAAGAACUUGAAAGUGAAAUGAGAGAAAUUAUUCAAGUUGUGAAGAGCAAGGACAUUGAAGACUAUGAGAGAUUAGGGAGCUUGGUUCUAAAGAUCAACAAGAUUUUGGCAGUUUCGGGCCCUGUGCUUACUGGGAUUGCGGCUGUUGGAUCCGCUUUUGUAGGCCAUGGAUCAGCCACUGCCGCGGUUGCAGCAGUGGCUGCAGGCUCGUUGGCUAGCAUAGUGAAUGCUUUUCAGCAUGGCGCGCAAGUAGGGAUGGUAUUUGAGAUGUAUAGAAACUGCGCCGGCUUCUUUAACAAGUUGGAAGAUUCAAUUGAAGCAACACUUGGAGAACAAGACUUGGAGAAGAGAGAAAAUGGGGGGAUUUUCGAAAUGAAGGUUGCAAUGCAGUUGGGAAGAAGCUUGGAGCAACUCAGAGAACUUGCAUCGAAAUCAGCUUUGUAUCGUUCGAACGGAGAACCAAUAGACGAAUUCGGUUGCAAGCUUUUCUAAGUAGUUCAUCAGAUUUUGUACAAACAGAAAGAAAGGAAAAAUUCUUUGAUUCUUUUAGUUACUUUAGAAUUUAGCAAUUCAUUUGAUUCUUUGUACAAUGGUGUAACAUACAAAAUCUAAUGUAAACACUCAAAUUUUCACACUACAA